AUGUCCAGCACAAGGACAUGCGGCUCUUGGUGUUCGGGACCUGGCAAGAGCCUGGGAAAUGAACGAGAGGAUCCUGAGGUGAAGCGACAGGUCUUCUACCGUGAUGACGUUGACAACCAAUAUGAGGCCUACAAACUGGCAGAUUUGGAACCAGAGGCUCGCCCUACUGGACACCUCCCCAUUGCUCCUCACUACCCUUCCGACCCUCACCAGUCGUCGGUAUACGAACCUCCAGGAUAUGAGCCCAUCGUUUAUGAACCUCCAGUAUAUGAGUCCCCUGCUGACGAACUUACAGUUUAUGAAUCACCGGCUUACGAACCUCCAGUUUAUGAAUCCCCUGCUUAUGAACCAGCAGAGCCUGCCUACAAGCCACCAACCACAACAUACCAAGAACCAGCAUACAAACCCCAGCCUGCCUACAAACCCCAACCUGCCUACAAACCCCAACCUGCCUACAAACCCCAGCCAUCAUACAAGCCACAGCCAGCCUAUAAGCCCAAACCAGCCUACAAGCCAGAGCCAGGGUACCAGGCACCUGGUAAUAAGCCUUACAAAGAUGAAAACCCAAUCCCCGGAGAACCUGGCGUAGAUUAUCCUAUUUACCAUGACAUUCCAUACACCAAGUUCACUUGUGAUGAUGUCCCCUAUCGUCCAGGCAUGUAUGCCAACCAAGAAGCUGGUUGUCAGCUGUACCAUGUGUGCCAUGACAACCGCUAUGGUGCCAAAGGAGCAGAGUUCCUCUGCACCAAUGGUACACUCUUCAACCAAGAAAAAUUUACCUGUGACUGGUGGUACAAUGUUGACUGUUCAAAGGCAACCUCCUUCUAUGAACUGAAUGUGGACCCAGAACACAACCCAUACUACCAGAAACCAUACGAGGGACCACUUCACAUUCCAGCUGACCCUUAUGACAAGCCUGACCCUUACCAGCCAGACUAUCAGCCACCAGCACCCAAGCCUUCAUACAAACCACCACAACCAAGUUACCACAAACCAACCCACAAACCUACCUACCGGAACUAGAAGAGCUGGAUAUACCGUCGUUACAACACUAUUGCAUUUGCACUAGUUAUACACUAUGUAUGUGUGUGUGUGUAUAUAUAUGUUUCCCCAUAGGGGGUAAUAUAGCAUGUGGAAUGGGAGGUAAUCAAACCUGAUUCAAGCAAGUGGAAGAUAAUGCCAUUACCUUGAAUCAUGAACCCUUCACUUGCAUCAAGGAACCACCAUAAAGGGUUUGCACUAGUUAGUGUAACAUCACUUGCCUAUAUGUAGAAGCAAGGUAUUUUUUUUAUAAUUGUAUUUAUUUGACUAAUCUGAAAUAUAUAAUGAUUAAAUUUUAUUUUUAUCUGAAAUCCUGAGAGUUAUGAGCAAUCCCUUGACAUUUACAUUCAUUAUUAUAAUAUUACAUUCACCGAGUCAAGCCCAAAAGUCACUCAGCACUGCAUGGGUGAUAAUGUAAGAGCAAAGUGUGGAAGAAUCAUAAUUGAAGUAAACUGGUUCACUAUUUUCAUGGAGAAGCACUAAACAAGGAGCCAACCGUGCCUUGAGAAACAGGAGGUAAUCACAUUUGAUACAAGGAAAGGAUAGUUCAAUAAUGAGAGGUAGUCAGCUCAUAUACGGUAUAAAAAUAAUGAUCACUAACGCACUGCUUGAAAAAGUCAAAAUGCAACUCCCUAGCAAGUGUGGAAGGGCCUGAACAGCAGUAAGUUUCUGCCUCUAUACCUUUCUUUUUGUUUGUAACAAAUGUGCUUCUGUUACUGUCCAACAACUUAAUAAACUGUGUAACUACCUACUUGCAAGUGUCAAGAGGGGUAAAUUCCCAUUAUUUGGCCAGUUUCUUAGGUUCAAAUGAUUGCCAGGAAUUAACUAUCAUACUUAUUUAAGCCACUAAUUUUUUUCAUGUACUUGGCCAGGUGAAGGCCACACACAGGCAAUAAAUAUGUAAUGUUUAAUCACACAUGGUGAAUAAUGAAGUAAUUUGUU